CCGUCAGAAGACUACCAGAAGAAGAAUAGUUCGUUUGUUGUGAGGUGAACCUCUGAGGCUCUGCAGCAACAAUGUCUUCAUCUCAGUCUCUGAGAGAGUUUAUCAGAGAGCGGCUAACUGCUGCUGCUGCAGAAAUAUUCUCCGAGUUUGAACAAACCAUCGUCCGCUACGAGGAAGAGAUCGAUCGUCAGCGCAGACUGCUGGAGAUCAGCUGGAAACCACAGAUCAACUUACACAGAAUAGCUUGUCCAGAACUUCCACAGCAUCAUGUCCGGGUAAAGGAGAAGGUUCUGACUGAUCAGCAGCUCUCUAACCAGGAGAGGACUUCCAGUUUGGACCAGAAGGAACCAGAACCUCCACUGAUCAAAGAGGAACAUCAGGAACUCCGUAUCCAUCAGCAUGAAGGACAGUUCAUUCUGAAGCAGGAAAAUGUUACCUUCAUGGUGAUUUCUCCUUCUGAAGUAACAGACUGUUGUGAACCAGAACCAGACAGGAACCAACCCUUGUGUCAGAGUUCUGCUGAAGCUGAGAACCAAGAUCAGGAUGGUUGCAGGCAUGAAAACUCAGAAUCAAACAGCAAUGAAGAACUGACACAAAAUAAAAGUCGUCAACAAACCAGAGAUCCCAGAGACGGUGUAGACGGUCAGAAACUAAAAAGGUACAAGUGGGCUCACCCAGAUGAGGGGUUGUUAUCAUGCAAAAUCUGUGGGAAAUCUUUCUGUUACAAGUCUGUUUUAACUCGUCACAUGAGAACUCACACAGGUGAGAGACCAUUUAGGUGUGAAACGUGUGGUAAAUGUUUCUCUCAGAGCACCCACCUGACCUGUCACAUGACAACCCACACAGGUCAGAAGCCAUUCUCUUGUAGAGUUUGUGGUAAAUGUUUCUCUCGGAGGUUUUACUUGAUUGAUCACAUCAGAACUCACACAGGGGAAAAGCCCUUUGCAUGUAAGAGCUGUGGUAAAGGUUUCGCUAUGAAAUGUAGCAUGACCAGACACACGAGGACCCAUACGGUUGAGAAACCAUGCACGUAAAAGUUACGGUAAAUGUUUUAUUCAUAGACUGGACUAGACACGAGGAAACUCUUCACAGGUGAGAAGUCUACCGUGAUUGAUCUUUAGGGCUUUUAAGACAUUUUUUUUAACUGUUUGUGUGAAAAUUCACACUUGAGAUUUUAUUCAGAAAAAAGAUUUUUCCUAAAGUGAAGAAGAAAUGAGAUUUUGACAACAUUUAAUGCCAGUUGCCUCUACAAUCCGUGAUAUAUUUGCUGUUAGAGCUGUGGCGACGCAUCGAUGACGUAGAUGGCUCAAUUCUAAAAAUUUGUCGACGUCAGAUCCGGAAGUCGACGCACCACGCCCACUUGUUGCAUCCCCAGGAGUUUGUAAAUAGAGGAGGAAUCUGCCUGUUUUUCCUCUAGUUUGCCCUCUUCUCCGCCUUCACUAACAUCUCCGCCAAACACCGAAGACCAGGAACAACGUCCGUCCGCUACUAGGUUCCUUUCCUGUUUUGGCCGUCUUCGUCUCCCGGCAACGGACAACAACUUCUGGGGUCAGAUGCGCUGCUUCGUCUCUAUCGCAGAUGUAGAAAAUCACCGGGAGCGUUUCUCCCUUCAUUAAGGAGCUUCUGUCAGACAUUAGGAGAGCUGUUUUUGUGGUAGCAGUCUCUCCUCCAUGCUGGUCUGUUUACUGCUGGGUAUUUUUGGUUUAUUUAAACUUGGUAACUUGAACUUAACGUUGGUAAAGCUACUGUUAACAUUUUCGCUAACAGCUUCUUGCGUUUGGAUAAGCUGUUAUGUUUUGGUUUAGAGUUAAUCUUUUUUGUGGUGCAGAUCUCCCUUUUAUUACAUUUAGAGUGUUGUGGGUUUUCGGUUUAGUUUAAAAUAUCACCUUAAGUUUGGUUUAACCACCCAGUUUAGAAUUUGGACCUUUGGAGAUCCUUAUUUUGGUCCAGAACCCUGUAAUCUUUGCCCAGUGGGACAUCCCAGGUUAUUUGUACUUUUGUUUUAAUUUCCCACAGGCAGAAUCAGUUUUAUUAUUCCCAACCUGUGGAUGGAAAGAUUUAGUUUUUUUUUUUUUUUUUUGUAAAUAAACCUGAUCAUCAUUUUAACUUUUAAAUCUCGUUAUUGUCCUUUCCUUUUUGCACACGAGCCAAACUCCCCAGGAAGGGUCGUAACACCACUCGCCUCACGCACAUAAGUGACCAAAACAAAGCAGCAUGGAGACACUCCAUCUCCAACCAGCUCUCAGGCAGCAGCCUGCACUCCCAAGUUUUAUAUGUCACCAGAACAUAACCAACCGCAACACAACAAAAGCAGUGUUAUACAAAAUGGAAGGCCUGUAGUGUUUAUUCUCUUACAGUAACAACUUAUCAUUUUUUUGGAGGAAUUUAUUUGAGAUUUUUUGGUUUUUAUUAAUUGUGCAAUAGAAAAAUAAUCGCUAGAUUAAUCAUCUAAAUAGUCAUUAGAAUAGUCGACUAUUCGAUAAAAUAAUCGUCAGAAUAAUCGUUUUAAAAUUAAUCGUUUACCCCCAGCCCUAUUUGCUGUUAAACCUCGUGCUGGCGCAGGCAGAAGGCUCUUUCUUCACAUACUUGCUGCUACAUGGAAGAUUUGUAUAUAAACACUAGAUGGAGAAAGCAGGAGUCGAGGGCGUAGUUAAACGGCGGCCAUCUUACCUCAGACAGCAGACCCCUCCGCUCUCAAUGGUAGCAGCUGGAAGGUGAGUGAUCAGCUUGAACAAAAACACUCUUAACUCAAUGUAAUAUUAUCAGGUUUACAAGCAGUUUGCCAUAUUACAAACCUUAGAACACAUGGGCUUGAGACGACAUACUUACCCAAGUUGAAAUUAACACUUUUGCUUUUGAAACUAAAUUGUGAACCGUGUGUACCGCCUAGGCUAUUUGUGUGUGAUUCAGGUUGAGACUACAAUCGAUAUUUUGUAUGGUUCUACAAAACCAAUAACGAUGUUACCACCAAAUUUUAGUAUGAAUGUGUGUGUUUGGGGAUUUUUUUGUAAUUAUGAGCUGUCUAACUUGGUUUAGAGAUGACGAGGCUACGCUGGGUGAACUGCUUAGAAAAUCAACGUUUAUUAUUUACCUCGGUGGGAGUCGCUCGUUUUAUUUUAAAUAAAUGAAUGCUAAAUUGCCCAUGAUUCUCAAGCGUCUCGGUUUGUUACACAAAACUUCGAUUGAGAUAUAUUGGAACAGGACGUUACUGGCUUUGUGUUUGCAGAAAUACACUUUUGCUAAUUGUGAAGCUUUAGGGUCAACAUGCCUGACUUUUGUGCAGUCUACGGAUGCUCGAAUCGAAGUCGCGACAACGUCGAAUCACCUUUCACCUGUAACGGUUGCAAAGAAAACCAAUACUUGUACAUUAUUCAGUCUGUUAAUUGUUUUAUGUCAUUAAAAUUAGUAGAAUUUGCUGUUC